UCUCAUCGCCGCGAACGAACGCACACGACACAGAGCGAGACGAACGCGCGCACGCACGCACAUCACCGGCUUCGGCAACCGCAGCGGACGCGCGGUGGUUUGGUGUCGCCGGCAGCGCUGUGGGAUCAGGGAGGAUAGGAAGAGGAGGACGGGGAUGGCGGGGGAUCGGCUGAGCUGGGCGGGGCUGCUGAAAUGGAGCCUCUCCUACGUCGACGGGGCGGGGCCGUCCCGCGCCAUCAGCGAGGAGGAGCGGCGGUGGCUGGCGGAGGCGGUGGAGCGGCACAUGAUGGUGGACGUGGUGAGCCGGAUGCGGGAGAUCGCGCUGCUCAUGAGCACGCCGCCCGCCGUCCUGGAGGCGCAGGGCAUCACCCACGACGACAUCGAAGGUUUGCUGAGUGAGCUGCAGGUUCAUGUUGAGUCUAUCGACAUGGCAAAUGACUUGCACUCUGUUGGUGGGUUGGUUCCAGUUAUCAAGUACCUCAGAAAUUCUAAUGCCCGUAUCCGAGCAAAAGCAGCUGAUGUGGUGACAACAGUUGUUCAGAACAAUCCAACCAGCCAGCAGUUGGUCAUGGAAGCUAGUGGUUUUGAGCCUCUCUUAUCCAAUUUCAGAUCAGAUCCUGACCUUACUGCUCGCACAAAAGCUCUCGGUGCACUAUCUUCAUUGAUACGGAACAACGGACCAGGAGUUGCUGCAUUUCGUUUAGCCAAUGGAUAUACAGGACUAAGAGAUGCAUUGAAUUCAGAGAGUGCAAGGUUUCAGAGGAAAGCAUUGAGUCUGAUUCAUUAUCUGCUCAGCGAAAGCCAUUCAGAUUGCUCAGUAUUUGCACAGUUAGGUUUUCCCCACCUUAUGAUGCGUUUGGUAUCCAGUGAUGACUCUGGUGUUAGAGAAGCAGCAUUAGGGGGCUUGCUUGAGCUUGCAAGGGACACAACACUGGGGAAUAGGAGUCUACUAGCAGAGCAUGGCAGGUUACGAUGGCUUCUCCGGAGACGCAUGGAAAGCAUAAGGACGAUGACUCCUGAAGAUCUGGAUGCAGCACGGGAAGAGAGGCAGCUCGUUGACUCAUUGUGGAUCGCAUGCUACAAUGAACCAUCCAUGCUCCGGAAUGAAGGGCUCCUUGUUCUGCCUGGGGAGGAAUCUUUCGAGCAACCUCCUGAUGUGGCUGGUAGAUUCUUCGAGCCAAUGCGCCAAGCUUCUGCUAGGAGGGCACCCCCUGUUGAGAGAUCAGACCCAGGAGAUGAGACUGGGGGUGGGAUGAUUUUGCUUUUGGGUCCAGCUCCAGAUGGUGGAUCAAACUCCCAGACUCAUUGAUCGUUGUGGGGGGUAGACCAUGCAUGAGAGAGGAAGCUGGGAUCGUGCUACUGCGUUGUACUUAUAAGUAAAUAGCAUCCAGUUCCGAUAUUACUACGGUGUUGCUUAUGUCUGUAUAGUAACUCCAAGUUACGCUAAACUUAAGUGGUUAUAAAUAUGUUGUUUCUAAA